ACUCACUUGACUUCUCCCCGCCUGUCUGAGGCUAAACGUGCCUGAAAGUCCGCGAUCAUCUUUGCCCAACCUGGAGAGAGAUCGUGUCAGGCUUCAGCGGUUUGUUUAGCGCUCUUGGCAGAUUUUGUAAACUGGACGCCCAGUGGUUGAGUUGGCCUUGAAAUGGGGCAAAAUAGGUCGUUUUCAAUUGCCUCUCAUGGUCCUGUGCCUUACGAGUAAGAAGUGAGAAGCGCAGCGUCGCCCUCUGUACGGCUGUUGGUUGAUAAAUGGCCGCUCCCGGCACGUAUCCGCGAACCGGCGCGCGUAUAUUACGUAAUAAACGGAGGCCUGACGGCCAGAGUCCGAAUUUCUGGAAAGACGCCAGGUGGCUCUUCUCGACCGCUAUCCCUAAAGCUUCUGUGGGUUCAGUCAGCCGCGGAGGUGUGGCCCUGGGGUGAAGGGCCCAGAGGAAAAGUGUUUAGAGACGUGAGUUCCGGCAUUCGUUUCCAGUCGUCGAGACAGAGGUCGUCUGUCAGUUUCUGGUCUGCAAGAACAAGACAUUUUAAGUGAUGGAGAACUAAGAAGUUCCCGGCUUGGGAGAUCAUUGUUUCUAAAAACAGUCUGACCUGAGAUAUAUGAUCACAACUUUCACAGAGGUCCAGAGAAGACAAGACAGAACACUCCCUAGAGUUAUUAGCUCUUUCUUCAGAACAAAGAAAAUGACCAAGGCCCAGGAAUCUUUAUCAUUCGAGGAUGUGGCCGUGGGCUUCACCUGGGAGGAGUGGCAGUUAUUGGACCCCUCUCAGAAGGACCUGUAUAAGGAGGUGAUGUUGGAGAACUACAACAACCUGGUAUCAGUAGGAUACCCAGCUACCAAACCAAAUCCAGUCUUCAAGUUGGAACAAGGAGAACCACCAUGGAUAGUGGAGGGAGCAAUCCACAGUUGGACCAGUCCAGAAGAAAUUUGGGCGAUUGACCAUAUGCAGUGGCACUCAGAAAACCAAAAUGAGCUUAAAAAUUUGGAAGGAUGUCAGCAAAGUUACGCACUUGGAAAUAAUUCCAAUUUAAGCAAAAAUCUUUUUCCUUUAACACAAAGAGGCAAUACAUUUGACUUGCAUUGUAAAAGUUUGAAGGCUCCUUUAAGUUUUGUUAUCCAGAAUAGAAGAUAUGCAGUAAAGGAUUCUGAUGAGUUUAGUGGUUACAGGAAAUCACCUGUCCACAUGAAGCAUGAUAAAACUUUUUCUGGAAUUAAAUACCAUGGAUAUGUUAAACCCAGUAGUACCAAGUCACAGCUCAAUGAUCAUCAUAAAACAUAUGUAGGAGAGAAAUUGCACGAAUGCAGUGAAUGUGGGAAGACCUUCUCCAGAAAGUCACGGCUCAUGGUACAUCAGAGAACUCAUACAGGAGGGAAACUAUAUGUAUGCAGUGAAUGUGGAAAAGCCUUCACUUGGAAGAGCUGGCUCAAGAGACACCAGCAGUCUCAUACUGGAGAGAAACUCUGUGGAUGCAAUGAGUGUGGGAAAGCCUUUUCCCAGAAGGCAUACCUCAUUGCACAUCAGAGACUCCACACAGGAGAGAAGCCUUAUGAAUGCAGUGAAUGUAGAAGAACCUUCUUUUUUAAAUCAGACCUGACCAAGCAUCAAAGAAUUCACACAGGAGAGAAACCUUAUGAAUGUAGUGAUUGUGAAAAAGCCUUCAGAAGCAAGUCUAAGCUCAUUCAACAUCAGCGAACUCAUAACAGGGAGAGACCGAAUGGAUGUCGUGAAUGUGGCAAAACUUUUGCCCAAAUGUCAGUACUCAUUAAACAUAAGGAAAAACAUAGAAGAGAGAAAGUGAUAAAAUCACUGAAGGUGGGAAAGCCUUCCUCAGGGAAUCCUUUCUACAUGAGUGAACUCAUAUAGGAACAGAACCCUAUGAAUACAGUGCCUGUGGAAAUGUCUUCUCCAGGAACUCAGCCCUUAAAUUGCAGAGAGCCUGUAGGGGGUAGAAAUGUAGUGAUUGUGGAACAGCCUUUUCCAAGAAGUCAGGCCUCAGUAGAUAAUUGGGAAACAUCACAGGGAGUAAACCUUGUAAAUGCAGCGAAUGUGACAGCACCUUCAGUAAUAAAUUACAUCUUAUAUGUUGCAGAUGUCAUGUAGGGGCAAAAACCUUGGAUACCAGAAAUGUGGAAAGGCCUUUAGCAUGAAUCCCUUGUACUUUAUAUGUCAGAGAGCUUAAUUUAGGACAGGAACACUAUGGAUAUAGUGGCUGUGGAUCAGACUUCUAUGAGAAGUUAGACUUACUAAACAUCAGUGAGACCAUAUUGGUUAGAAAUGUAGCUAUUUUCGGGGCCUUUGCCUGGACGCAAGAUCUCAGUUGUUACCAAAUAAUUCUCACAGGUCUGAAUGCUCAGGAAAGCAUGUGAUGGUGUUUUCAGUGAUAAAAUUUACCUCAUUGCAUAUCAUAGAAAAAGAAAGAAAAUCUACAGACAAUAACUAUGGAAAACAUUUUUAGUGUAAUGUGGAAGAACUCAUAGAAAAGAGAAACCCCGAAAGCAAUAAGUGAUGGAAAUUUUAUCACCAGUGUAACUCAUAUGUCACAUUUUUAUAUCUCGAAAUGUGGGAAAGGCUUCUGCAGUUAAUGAAAUAUUCAUGGAAACCAGGAAUUACUUUAUAUAAUGAAAAACUGAAUAUAACGAAUGUGGAAAUAAACUGUAUUAGUUUCUUGUUCACUGCUGUAACAAAUUACCACAAGUUUGGUGGCUUAAAACAAUACGAAUUUAUUAUGUUACAGUUAGGGAGGACAGAAGUCCAAAAUGGGUCUCACUGGGCUAAAGUCUAAAGUUGUUGGCAUGAUGUGUUUCUUUUCAGAGGCAUUAGGAGAGAAUCUCUUUCUUUACCUUUGCUACCUUCUAGAGGUUACCCACAUUCUUUGGCUAAUAUUAGGCCCCCUUCUAUCUUCAAAGUCAGCAAUGACCCAGCAAGUCAUUCCCCACUGUGACACUGACUCUUCUGCCUCCCUCUUCCUCAUUUAAAGACUCUUGUUAUUACAUUGGGCCUGUAGGGAUAAUCUCAGAUAAUUUAUCUGUUUUAAGAUCUUCUGAUUAGCAAUCUUUACUUCAUCAGCUACCUUAAGGCCCCUUGCCAUGUAAUAGUUAUUUUCACAGUAUCUGGGGAUUAGGACAUGGACAUCUUUGGGAGGCCACUAUUCUGGCUGCCACAGUCUAUACUUUGACUUCCAGUGAUUCAUGUCCAUCCCACUUGGAGAAUAUAUUCACAUCCCUAAAACAUAUCUCAACAUCCCCAAAAGUCUCAACCCAUUACAGCUUCAACUGAAAGUCCAAAAUCUCGUCUAAAUCUUAUAAAUUCAAAAGUCUCAAAUCUCUUUUUCCAGGUCAUCUCAGGUUUGUGUGAGACUUUGGGUAUUGAUUCAUCUUGAGGCACAGUUCCUUUCCAUAUGUGAGCUUUUGAAACUUAAGAAAUAAAUUAUAUUGUCCCACAACAGUUAAACUUGCUACCUUAAUUCCUGUUUGCCAUUUAAUGUAAAAUAUUCACAAAUUCCAGAGAUUGGGACGUGGACGUUGUUGGGAGGCUGUUUUCCACUUAAAACAACAACUUCAUUGGAUUUCAGAGAAUUCACAUUGUGAUAAAUCCAUACCUAAUUAUUAAACUUAGGCAUGUUCCUAGAAAAAUAAUGAUCUACAGUAACUAUGGUCCAAAUACGUGAACACUUUGCUAUAAUCAGUGAAUCUUACACUGUCAUUGUUAAGAUAUGGAAUCUUUUUGAAAUUGUCAGCCCUGGAGAAGAAUUAUUGUAAGACUCUCAAAGGAACAUGAGAUAUAUGCUGCUGAAAUUGUUGCAAACAAAUUUAUAUCUAUUCUGGAGUUGCAUAAAUUCCUAAAUUUCCUAAUAAAACCAUAAUUCUAAGAAUGGAGUGAGUGUGCCACAAGACACCUAAAUGCUGGGCAAUAUUUUUCACAGGCAUUUCCAAACUCUUUUUUCUUUAGCAGUAAGCUUUUAAUCUGUAUACUUUAUCACUCUAAACAACUAAAGAAGUUGAUAAAGUAUAUGAGAUUCUCAGAUACCGGGCAAUAAGAAUCUCAGGAUAGCAACCAACCCCUGAGAGAGAAUAAAUGAAGUGGGCCUUAUGAUUUCCCUAGAUUACUUCCUGGAGUGAGUUUCCUGGAGGGAGGGGAAACGCAGACAUAUCCCAUCAGUCUCCCUGAGUUUGGCAGAGUUCUGUGAGGCCAUGGUGACUCAAAUGCUUGAGGCAGAGUACCAUGGAAGUGUGAGAUGCACCCAGGGUGCAAGAGAGAGAGUUCCAGUGGUCUAUAGAGAAUCUAUAUGGAGCCCUGGUG